AUGGAUGAAAGAGUGUCUGUGGAUGAGGACAAAGAGUACGUGAGAGAAGUAAGGGUAACUGUGGCUGCGAAGGUGGAAGAGUGUCGUUCUUUUGAAGAGGGUACGCGGAUGCGAGAGUUGUUGAGCGAUAGCGAAGGUGAAUAUCCAUUUAAAGACUUAAAAGACGAAGACGCCUUAUUUGGCCGCUUGACAAAAUCUAAUAGUUCCUAUUCUUCACAUAGUGCCCUUUUUCUUACUCAACUUUCAUCAACCUUUCCUCUUGUAGAGGCAUCGACAAAUCAGCAGUCAGCAGACGCCCAAUCGAUUGAACGUUCUGUGGCGCUUGGAAAAGAAAGUUUUAAAAUGCCUGCAUUCGACGGUUAUUGGGAAGGAAAUCUAGAAGGAAGUCGAGCACGCAUCAAUGAUGUUCAUGAAAUGAUUGACGCGUAUCCAGUUUCAUCUGCUUUUGAAGCUAACCCUCUUUCCUCUCAAGAUGGAUCACACUCAGCGUCAAAAGGUCUAUUAAACAGAAGCAGUAAAGGAAUUCACUUUGACAUUGAACAAGAUGCUUUAAUAGCCUGCGACGAAUCAAUGGUUGCAAAAUCAACGCGACGCACACCUACUCCUAAGGAAUCAACUCACGAUAGUCACUUAGCAUGUUCGAAUCUUCCAUUUUCUAUAGACCAUGGCCAACUUGACCAAUAUAAAUUUCCCCCAGAGCAUUUAGAAAGGAAUCAUCAGUCUGCUGCGGUGCUUACGGAAAAACAACUCGAUACUAAAAAAACAGAAUGUCUUGCCGAAAAAACUGAGUUCGCUCCGAAAAAUUCUGCGCAUCUAGUUGGAUCUGUAGCUGAGGAUGAGCAGCUCAUUCGAGAAGACUUACGUCAAACGGCACAUUUACAGAAAAUAAGAAAAAAUUCUUCAACAGACGAGCACUUCGUAAUGGAACUUUCAAAGCGUACCAUUACCACGGAACCAGCGCCAGAAAUGGCUGAAGAUGGAAGUCAUGCUCGAGAAGAGCUAGAUGUUCGUGUAGCCAAGAGAUCUUCAUAUGGAAUGGAGCUAUCACAAAAUCUUUCCACAUCCGGAUCAAGUCCUGCAGCAGUAUUGACGGAAAGAACUCCCGCAUCAGAUCUUGCUGCAAACAGAGAGAUGCUACCCCUUGUUUAUCCAGGUGCCGAGGUCAUUCAAGAAAAGGCUUCUAAUGAGAAAUCAUUUAAGGAAAGGGCGGAACCUAACCAGCUUACCAAGGAAGAAUUAGAUCACAUCGCUUACGUACUGAAGGUAGCGGAAGAGUCUUCAUUUGGAACGCCGGCACUAAAACGAGUUUCCACAUUCGAUCUCCGCGAAGUCGUUGGAAAUGCGCACUUACCAAUAGAUGAUGUCAUCAAUCGGGUACAGACUGUUAGAAGAAGUUUAAAUGGUGAGGAAAAUUCGGAACUUUUGCCAGUUGCUGACCCAAAUUCAACCUCCAAUCGUACCUUGUCUUCGGAAGGAACUCAUUUCUUCGGUUGGGCAUCCGUGGGAGUUGAUGACAAUGCGUUUAAACAUUCUAAAGCAGACUUCAAAGGGAAUAAAAUUUUACCACUUGCAGAAGUUUCCUCAUCUGAACAGCUAACCGAAAAGGAAUUAGAACAAUUAUCUUAUAAAGAAUUACAUCAUUCCUUGAACAUAAAAGAAUCGGCCAAUCAGUCAACAUCUAAAAUUACAACGCAACAGAAGCCAUCGGAGCUAGAUCAUAAAGGGAAAAGAGCUUUCGAAGAGUCGUCUGCAGAAGCAGAUAAGGCUACACACCUUACUCAAAAAGAGCCACAUCACAUUGCAUAUAUUCCUUUGGCAGAAGAAUUUUCAGUAGCGGUGCCGGGACUUCUAGAAGUUUCUCUUCCAGAAAAACCGGAGGGCAAAACUGAUGUCAAACCAAAAGCUGUUGAUGACGCUGCAGCGGAAUUGUCCCCAGAAAUAACAAUGGCCAGCCAGCUUACUCAAAAGGAGCUGGAUCAUAUUGCAUACGUUCAGAAGUUGGCGGAAGAAUCUUUU